CUCUCCAACUCGCUCUCUCUGAGAAAACAGCCUUUUGAGGAUCUCUAGAGUCCACCUCGAUGUUUCCCAUGCUUUCUUCUCUCUUCAAAUCUCUCCCUUCUGUCUAAGGAAUUCGAGAGAGAGAGAGAGAGAGAGAGAGAGAGAGAGAGGAGAAAAAUGGCUAUAUCUGCCCCAAAUUGCCCCUCUUCUUCCCGUUUUGCCCUCCCCUCUCCUUCCUCAUCAAAGCAUCAGCAUGCACCCUUUUCUUCCAUUCUCUUCUCCCACAGCUCUUCUCCCAAGAGUCUCCUCAAAUGGGUCUCCGCGAAAUCUCCCAAAAACCAAUCUCCCAAUGUCUUUUGCAUGCAAGAAGUGGCCGGACAUGCACCCCUAUCUACAAAUGAAACUCCAUUGAAGAUAUUGAAGGAUGGAAUAUUGCCGUUAACACCAGUGGAGGAAUGUAGUGAUGUGGUCAGUUUUAAUUAUGGCGGGGAUGAGUCUACUCUUAGUAUUACUGUGGUUGGAGCGUCUGGGGACCUUGCAAAGAAGAAGAUAUUUCCUGCUCUUUUCGCACUUUACUACGAAGAUUGCCUGCCCAAGCAUUUUACAAUUUUUGGUUAUGCUCGAAGUAAGAUGACGGAUGCAGAGUUAAGAAACAUGGUUAGCAAGACGCUUACUUGCAGAAUUGACAAAAGGGAGAACUGUAGUGACAAGAUGGAAGAGUUUCUGAAAAGAUGCUUCUAUCACUCAGGUCAGUAUGACUCUGAGGAGAAUUUUGCUGCGUUAGACAAGAAGUUGAAGGAACAUGAGGCUGGGAGGAUCUCAAAUCGGCUUUUCUAUUUGUCAAUCCCACCAAACAUUUUUAUUAAUGUGGUGAAAUGCGCAAGCAUAUCUGCUUCUUCUUCUAAUGGGUGGACAAGGGUGAUUGUUGAGAAGCCCUUCGGGCGGGAUUCCGAAUCAUCGGCUGCUUUGACGAGAGGCUUGAAGCAGUACCUGGUCGAAGAUCAGAUUUUCAGAAUCGAUCACUAUUUGGGAAAGGAACUGGUUGAGAAUCUAUCUGUGCUCCGGUUCUCGAAUCUUGUAUUCGAACCUUUAUGGUCAAGGCAAUAUAUAAGGAACGUGCAGUUGAUCUUCUCGGAAGAUUUUGGCACUGAAGGACGAGGCGGGUAUUUUGACAGUUAUGGGAUUAUAAGGGACAUAAUGCAGAACCAUCUUCUUCAAAUACUAGCCCUGUUUGCCAUGGAAACUCCUGUCAGUUUGGAUGCUGAAGACAUCAGGAAUGAAAAGGUGAAAGUGCUACGUUCUAUGAGGCCGCUACAACUUGAAAAUGUGGUCACUGGGCAGUAUAAAAGCCACACAAAGGGUGGUGUAACAUACCCUGCAUACACUGACGAUAAGACCGUUCCCAAAGACAGCCUCACACCGACGUUUGCAGCUGCUGCUCUUUUUAUAGACAAUGCAAGAUGGGAUGGGGUUCCGUUUCUAAUGAAAGCUGGGAAAGCAUUGCACAAUAGGCGAACAGAAAUCAGAGUGCAGUUCAGGCAUGUUCCGGGUAAUUUAUACAAGAGGAGUUUCGGGACGGAUCUCGAUCGAGCAACAAACGAGCUUGUUAUUCGCGUGCAGCCUGAUGAGGCCAUCUAUUUGAAGAUCAAUAAUAAGGUCCCUGGUUUAGGGAUGCGUUUGGAUCGCAGCAAUCUCAACCUUCACUAUGCGGCAAGAUACUCGAAGGAAAUACCUGAUGCUUAUGAGAGACUACUACUUGACGCGAUUGAAGGAGAACGGCGUCUGUUCAUUCGGAGCGACGAGUUGGAUGCUGCUUGGGAGCUCUUCACGCCCUUGUUGAAAGAGCUGGAGGAAAAGAAGAUUGCCCCUGAGCUUUAUCCUCACGGGAGCCGAGGGCCCGUUGGAGCUCAUUAUCUUGCGGCCAAGUACAAUGUCCGGUGGGGCGAUCUCAGUGCAGAGCAUUAUCAAGGGUGAUGAUCGGAGUGCCCCCCCGCCGCUCUGCUGCCAUUGCCUUGAAGAGUUGAAGAUAAGCUUCUAAAUCUUUAUUGAUAGGGGAUAUAGUUUUACAUGAGAAUAAUUUGUUUUGGAAAUAUAGAGGAGUCUUGAAAAUAAGGCUCUUGAAAUUCCUGGAAAUAUGGGUUAUAGAUUUGAGUGUCUUUGGACA